AUCCCUGCCGCCCAGGGUCACGGUGCUGCGAGCUUCAGGGCUUCGUAGCACGGCCCGUGUGCUGGCUGUUGCUGGGUGAAGCUGUCGCGGCUCUCUCGUCGUCUCCUGCCUUCUGCUGCUCUCUCUUGUUUUGGUGACUAAGUUCAUCUCUCGGGUGAACUCUGAUUCAGUGGGAAACAAAUUGAGCUUUUUUGUGGCUAGGCUCUUCUGUCAGAUGGAACUGUCAAUCCAGUCGAUUUUUCCUACAUGUGGUUCACGGAUGUGGGAAUGUGUGGUGGUGUAGGAAGGAAAACAGGACUGCCCUUUCAACAGCUACCUGCCCUUAGAUUAUGCAGCUCAGUGAUGCGUGUGUGCUGGCUCGUGGGCAAAGAGGAAUGCAGUCAGCGAGUGAAACUGCCGCACUUGGAGGCUGUGGUGAUUGGGCGUGGCCCAGAGACUGGGAUAACGGAUAAGAAGUGCUCGCGGCAGCAAGUUCAGUUAAAAGCAGACUGUAACAAGGGGUAUGUCACAGUUAAACAGAUAGGGGUCAACCCAACUAGUGUUGAUCUUGUGAAUAUUGGCAAGGAUGAAGUGGUGAAAAUGAAGCCAGGCCAAGUUCUGCAUAUUGUAAAUAACCUUUACCCCUACACGGUGCAAUUUGCUGAAGAAUCUGGGAAAACUGUUCCAAAAGCAGAUAAGAUUCCACAUGAAGAGAAUGAUGAUAUAGAGCUUGUGCCCAGAAAAACCAUGAAGCUGGAGGUGGUGGAUACACAAGGCAGUUCUACAAAUCCAAAGCUAAGCAAUACCAGUGUAUCUGCACAGGAAGGAACUUCAAGCAAAAAGGAACAUUUAGGACACUGGAGUCAGGGUCUGAAGAGCUCCAUGCAAGAUCCAAAAAUGCAGGUUUACAAAGAUGAAAAGACUGUAGUCAUCAAGGAUAAAUAUCCCAAAGCACGUUACCACUGGCUUAUCUUACCAUGGGACCCUAUUUCAAGUCUGAAGUCAGUCACCAGGGACCACCUUGAGCUUCUGGAACAUAUGCAUGCUGUUGGGCAAAAAAUGAUCGAACAGUGCCCUGCCAGAGAGAGCCUGGAGUUCCGACUGGGUUACCAUGCUAUCCCCAGUAUGAGUCAGCUACAUUUGCAUGUAAUCAGCCAGGAUUUUGAUUCUCCAGCCCUGAAAACCAAAAAGCACUGGAAUUCUUUUACUACGGACUACUUCUUAAACUCUCAAGAUGUGAUAGAGAUGGUAAGAAGCAAGGGAAAAGUGAUGGUGAAAGACCAUACCUCUGAACUUCUCAAACUUCCCCUCAGAUGCCAUCGCUGUAAACAACAGCUGUCCACAAUCCCACAGUUAAAGGAACAUCUUCGGAAACAUUGGCCAAAAUGAUUUUGCAAAAAAUCAUCUUUCUAAUGUCAAGACAACACAAGACCACAAAAUGUUAAUGGAAAUGUAUGCUGCUGUUUCCAGGCCACUUUUCCCCACAUUACAUGACAAAUGGAAACAGCAGCAUACUAAUUUAGUAAUAGCGUCAACAAAAACUCAAGCCCUCUUCUUCCUUCCUAGUAAAAAUAUAAAUAAAGUGACUUCUGAAAUUGGA